AUCAAAAUGGCGGGGUAUUGCUGACGAAGUAAAAUUGAAUACUUAUAAUGUGUAUAUCAAAGCGAGAAUAGUUGAAAUAAAUCGAUGCUACGAUAUAAUAAUCAUAACAAUUCAAUUUGGGAAGUAUCAUUCAGCGCCAUUUUUGAAUGAGAUGCAGAAUUCGAAGCUUCGUCAUGUGACUUUAUCUACACAAAUGGAAAUGGAAACGAUGAUUUUUAAAUGGACGCGUGCGCUUUCUCAAGAAGGAUUUACGUCCACGAAUUUGUACUUUUCGCAAUUGCAUAAAUCAUCGUAUUAUGUAGGGCGAAUCAAACGACCGCAUUAUAUCGCUGUGAUUUCAAAUUACAAUGCAAUUAAUGAGUUCUCUUUAGCAACCAGUACAUUUGACAUGUCUUUUGCUGCUUGGCUAGUGUUAUUUAUUUACAAGGGACAUGGCUCCGAUUAUUGUUACAGUCCACCAAGUAACAUAUUUCAUUUAAAAUUCAACUCGAAAAUGUUGGUACGUUGCGGUAUGGAAAAUAAUUUACGAGAGUGGUAUUCGAUUGAUACGAAUCGAACCGAGAUCGUCGAUUUAGUAACAUGGAGCUUAGAAAAAGGAAUAACUAAAAUUGCUUCAGAUUCUCUUCUUCAUGAAAGAAGAUAUAAUUUAGAGGGUUUGAUAAUGAAAGCUGUUACAAUUAAGGAUUCGUCGUUCCUAAUUGUAAACGAGGAUGGUGAAUUAGACGGGAUAUUCGGUAAAAUAUUAAGAGAACUUUCUAUAACUCUCAAUUUUAGUUUCAAUAUUGUUUCUGAAGUAGAAGAAUAUGGAAGUUGGAAUCUUAAAGAAAAGACUUGGUCCGGAGCAGUAGGAGAAUUAUAUGCUGGACGUGCUGACAUUUCUAUUUCAGAUUUUUCUAUUACCAGUGCUAGAUUGAAUGCUGUUGACUUUACGCUUCCACUUUUGCUUUCGAAAAAAUGUCUUUACAUUCGCGAGCCAGAAAUAUUUGCGAUUAAAUGGUCAUCUUUUUUUCUAACAUUCUCCUAUUCUAUUUGGAUAGCUAUAUUGGUGAUAUUAAUUGUUGGAUCGAUUUUACUGAUUUUUCUCAAAAUACAGAAUGGAACGGAUCGUAACGUAGGACAUUUGUUAUCCGAUAAUUUUCUGGAGAUUUGGGGUAUAUUUUGUCAACAGGGAUUGGCAGAUUUUUCUGAUAGAUCUUCUUUAAGAAUAGCAUACUUCUCUAUCCUUCUUUCGGCUGUCGUUCUAUCGGCCGCUUAUUCUGCGGCUUUGAUAAGCUUUUUAACGUCUACUGUCCAUAUUUUACCCUUUCGUUCAUUAGAAAGUUUUGCUGAAGACGGCACUUAUCAAUUAUCUGUCUUUCGUGGUACAUCUGAUUAUGAUAUGUUUGUAAAUUCGAAAAAUCCGCUUGAAAAGAAAUUGAUGAAGUUAAUGAUAGAAGAAGAAAAAUUGACAACAAAUGUAGAGGAAGGAUUCAAGAGAGUUUGUAAAAAUCGGAAACUAGCAAUGUAUUCGUCCGAGGAAGUACAAAAGAUUGUAAAUCUUAAAAUACCAUGUAACCUGGCUUCUAUUGAGACGGGACGUGUAGACAGUUUAGCCAUGAUUUUAUCCAAAAACAAUCCAUUCACAGACGUUAUCAAUUUUCACUUGCAGAAAUUUAUCGAUAAUGGUAUGAUGAAUCGUUUAAAAGAUUCGACAUUUAAGAAGAAGUCCAGUGAUUUGAAGAAACAUGAACCGGUUCGCAUAAACAACGUUAUGUCGCUUAUUUUCUUCAUUCAAACUGAAAUGGAAAUGACAACGAUGGUGUUCAAAUGGACGUGUGCUCUUUCUCGCAAAGGUUUUAUGACUUCGAACUUAUACUUUUCAGAAUUGCACGAAUCGUCAUAUUAUAUAAAUCGAAUCGUACGACCGCAUUAUGUCGCAGUUAUAUCUAAUUACAAUGCAAUUAAUGAAUUCUCUUUGGCAACCAGUAACUUUGACAUGUCCUUUGCUGCCUGGUUAGUAUUGUUCAUUCACAAGGCAAACGAUUACGAUUAUUGUUACAGUCCACAAGGUAACAUAUUUCAUUUGAAAUUCAAUUCGGAAAUGUUGGUACGUUGCGGUACGGAAAACAUUUUACGAGAAUGGUAUUCUAUCGAUCCAAAUCGAACUGAGAUCGACGAUGUAGCAACUUGGAGUUUGGAAAAAGGAAUUAUUAAUAUUUCACCAAAUUCUUUUUAUGAAAGAAGAUACAAUUUACAGGGUUUGAUCAUGAGAGCUAUUAUAAUUAGGAAUUCAUUAUUCAUAAGAAUAAAUAAGGAUGGCAAAUUGUACGGUCAGUUCGAUAGAAUAUUAGAAGAACUUAUUGGGAUGCUUAACUUUACUUUCGAUAUUGUCGCGGAACUAGACGAGUAUGGAAGUUGGAAUCCAAAAAAAAAAUCUUGGUCCGGAGCAGUGGGAGAAUUAUAUGCUGGACAUGCUGACAUUUGCCUUUCAGGUUUUUCUAUGACCAGUGCAAGAUUGAACGUUGUUGACUUCACGCUUCCUCUUUUAACUUUAAAAAACUAUCUUUACAUUAAAAAACCACAAUUAUUUGCGAUUAAUUGGUCAUCUUAUUUUCUAGCUUUCUCCAAUUUCGUUUGGAUUGCUAUGUUUGGAAUAUUAAUUUUUGCAUCGAUAUUACUAGCUUUAUUCAAAAUAAGGUAUGAAAAGGAUCGUAAUAUAGGAUAUUUAUUGAUCGAUAAUUUUCUAGAGAUUUGGGGUAUAUUUUGUCAACAGGGACUCGUAGAUUUUCCUGAAAGAUCUUCGUUAAAAAUAGCAUAUCUCUCUAUAUUUUUUUUGGCUGUAGUCUUAUCGGCUGCCUAUUCCGCGGCUUUGAUAAGCUUUUUAACAUCAGAUGUCACCAUCUUACCGUUUCAUUCCUUAGAGGGUUUCAUUGCAGACGGUACUUAUCAGCUUAUCGUACUUCGCGGUACGGCUGAUUAUGAUCUUUUUGUAAAUUCGGGAGAUCCACUUGGAAAAAAAUUAAGGAAGUUUAUGCUGAAAGAUGAGGAAUUGCCAAUAAAUAUAAUAGAAGGAGUUAGGAUGAUUUGUGAAAAUCCGAAACUAGCAUUUUAUUCGUCCGAUGAAAUAAACCAGAUUGUAAAUUUUAAAAUACCAUGCGAUAUGCUUCCUAUUGAAACAGGACGAAUGGACAAUUUAGCCAUGAUUUUAUCUAAGAACAAUCCAUUUAGGGAAGUUAUUAAUUUUCACUUGCAGAAAUUUAUUAAUAAUGGAAUGAUGAAUCAUUUAAAGGAAACGACAUCUAAAAUGAAAUCGUUUGGUAUGAUCAAGCAUCAACCGGUUUGUAUAAUCAACGUAAUGUCCCUUAUUUUCUUCAUUCUAAUCGGGAUCAUUUUGAGUACUUGCAUUUUGAUCAUGGAGAAGUUGUUUUUUGCUCAUGAAAGUAAGAAAAAUUCGAUGGUAGAACGUAUGCCGUUAAAAAAAUUAGAUUUUUAUGUAAAGAGAAAAAAAUGUAUAAAAAAUAUUACAAAUUAUUACACGAAUCGCAAAUGUUCAAGCGUAAAAUAUUAAAAACGUUUUAAUGUUUUUUCUCAACAAAUUUUUAUACACUUAUUGUAAUUUUCUAAUGGAAUGGAAACAAUCGUACACCGUAUAUAAGCUUUUGCAUUAUUUAACACAGUUUUAAAUUGAAAUAUUUAUUGAUGUAAUCGCGUGUAUGAAGCUUUUUUUUACCUGUCACGUUUACAUAUUUUAAUUCUUUUAAAUUUCAAAAAUUUUUUCCUCCUUACACGAAGUAUUACAUAUGUAUUUUAUAGACGGUAUAAAAGAAAAAAAUUAUGUUCGCCAUUUGUUAUGUAUGAAUUCGUUUUUAUAUAUGUAGAGUUAGUUAAUUUAAUUGUUUCUACGUGUGAAAUUUCCAAUGGUAGAUAUCACAAUGUGUGAUCAUUUAUAUACGCUAUUAUAUUAUAUAUAUAACUAUAUACAUACUAUAUAAUGAAAUUAUUUAAGAAAUAUUAAAUUCUUCUAAUAUUUACACUUAUAGUGAAGAAUUAAUGUGAAAUGAAUAUCUUUAAAUUAUUUUAUUGCGUUAUAUGAUAUUAUUGUGUUUUCAUCGUAUCUAUUCGUAUAGGAGAUUUUAAAUUAAGUUUACACAAGACAUUUCGCGCGUUUGAAUUUUAUAGAGGAAUUUUUAUACAUCGCUUAACACUUUCUUACACUGAGUGUAAUAAUAUUAUAUUUUUCUGUCAGUUCGCAUUCGCGCAUAAGAAAUAACUAGUUUAUAUCGAUCAAAGCAACUACUAAAUUAUUUAAUUGCUUUGUUUUUACUAGUUUGUAUGUUGUCGAUACGUGCAAACGGAAAUGUAUUAAUGUACCGAUUAAAAAAAAGAAAAGAAAAAAUAAGAGAAAAAUGAAAAA